AAUCAUGGGAGACAUGGAGGAAGGAGCCAGUGUUUCCAGGCCACCCUUGCUGCGUGGUCACAACUACCACUUCUGAAAAGGGCGUAUGAGGGCAUUCUUGAAAUCACAAGGAGGAGGAGUAUGGAGAACUGUGGAAACUGGCGGGACAGAACCAGUAAAAUAUUCAGAAGACCUGAAUACAUCAACCAUCAAGAAGUUUGAAGACUAUAGCAGAACUGAAGUCCUUGCCGCUGAACAUAAUGACAAAGCCCUAAAUGCUAUCUUUGGAGCAGUUGAUGCAACACAAUAUCGCCUCAUAUCAAACUGCAUUAGUGCUAAGGAAGCGUGGGAUAUUCUUGAAGUUACACAUGAAGAGAGGUUUGAUAUGGAUGUCAAGGCAAUCUCCCAAUCACAUGAUGCGAAGAAGAUGACACUUGAUGCUCUAAUGGGUAAUCUUGAAACAAUUGAACUAAACAUGAAAGAGGAUAGCAAGAGAAGAAAACCUGAGAAACAAAUCGCCUUCCUGGGAACAGAACUGGAGGGUGAUGGAGAAGAUGCUCUAUCAUUUGAUGAAGAAUUCCAAGAACAGCUGUCCUUAUUCACAAAGCAGUUCAAGAAGAAGUGGAUUCAAAAGAAGGGAAAGAACCCAAAUGAUCUAAUGGAGCAGCACAUAGAUCUUCAGGAAAAAUGGAUUGAACUGCUUAUGGUUAACAGAAGGAAUAUAGCAGAAAAGAAUCAGCUGAUAUUUGAUCUAAAGGCUUUGAAGCUGAAUCUAGAGAAAGCAGAAACAGACAAUGUAGAUCUAAAAUUUAAACUGCAAAAAUUCAAAGACUACAUCAAGUGGAUGAAGAUAGUUGGGGCAGAAGUACUAGAUGUACAGGAUUUAAUGUUCAAAGCACCAGGAGAAAGACAAGGAAUUGGAUGUGACAUCAACACCAAAACAAAUGAUCCACCCAGAAAAGACAGUAUGAACAUAGACAAGAACACCAGAAGCAACCAUCACCCAGCAGUAGAACCAAUCAGGAAAUACAGUGUCAAACGUCACAGAAGGAACUCAUGGACAUACCAAUACUACAGGUGCUACUAUUGAAGAGGAUGGGGACACAUCAAAAGGACAUGCCAUAAGCUCAAAAACAAAAGGGCAAGAAUGCAGAAGAUCAAACAAAUUUGGGUUCCAAAG